AUGAAAGUUAUCGGGGACGUGUCCUACACUUGUGAGAAUGCUGGACAUUUCUUCCGCUUCAAUGUAUGUCGCGCAUGGGACGAGUUUAUGGAGAAAUGUGCGAUAGAAAAGGAUGGACUAGUGGCCGAAGUAUUUCCUUUCACGGGAUAUUUCAGUGAUAUUAAUCCAUUGUUUAGUGGUUCAUUCAAAGCUGAUAUGGAAGUUGCGCGUAGCUGUUGGCGGCAUAUUAAUCACAUUUUCGAGCAACUUGAAGAGUUCCGUGCGUUCGAGUUGCUUAGAAAUGGCAGAGAUAGAACAGAGUAUCUUUUGGUGAAAGAAGCUAAGAUUAUAGCGAUGACUUGUACUCACGCGGCGUUGAGAAGGAAUGAGCUGGUACAGCUUGGAUUCCGUUACGAUAACAUUCUUAUGGAGGAAGCAGCUCAAAUACUGGAAGUCGAGACUUUCAUUCCGUUGCUUUUACAGAAUCCGCAAGAUGGCAGGAAUAGACUGAAGCGAUGGUGCAUGAUUGGAGAUCAUCACCAACUUCCUCCAGUAGUACAAAAUCAAGCAUUCCAAAAGUACUCUAACAUGGAGCAGUCGCUCUUUGCCCGAUUUGUCCGACUAGGAGUGCCAAAUGUGCAGCUCGACAAGCAGGGAAGAGCAAGAUCAGAAAUUGCCGCGUUGUACAGUUGGCGCUACAAAAAUCUUGGUAAUCUUCCGCAUGUUGAGGCUCUACCGCAGUUCCAGGCUGCCAAUGCUGGAUUCGCGUUCAAUUAUCAAUUGAUCGAUGUGCCAGACUUCAAUGGGAAUCUCGGCGAGGCGGAAUAUGCUGUGGCAUUGUUCACCUACAUGCGUAUCAUUGGCUAUCCAGCUGAUAAGAUCUCCAUAAUUACCACUUACAAUGGACAAGCUCAAUUGAUACGGGACGUUGUUGAGAGACGUUGUGCGAAUAAUCCUCUUAUUGGAGUACCAGCAAAGGUAAGCAGCUAUUUAUUUUUGUCA